AUGAGGGCUUCUGUGGUGUGGAUGGUGUUGACAAUGGCCGCCGCCGUUCUCCAGCACUGUUCUUCUGGGGGGGGCGACCACUCGUCCCACCCGGAUAUGAUCUCCGAGCUUCCUGGGCAGCCGCCGGUGGGAUUCCGGCAGUUCGCCGGCUACAUUACCGUGGACGAGAGCAAGGAAAGGGCGCUGUUCUACUACUUUGCGGAGGCGGAGGGUGACCCUCUCUCUAAGCCGCUGGUCCUCUGGCUCAAUGGAGGUAAUGCGGCCGCACCAGCUCCCCCCCUCUCUCCCUCGUCCUCCGGCGAGUGGUGAUCUCUGAAGCCCCGACGUCUCGAUUUGACUGGGUUUCUCCAUUUUUGCAGGCCCCGGUUGCUCCUCCGUCGGAGUGGGGGCCUUCUCCGAGAACGGGCCUUUCAGGCCGAGCGGACAGAUGCUGGUGAGGAACGAGUACAGUUGGAACAGAGGUAAAAAGGGAAGAAGACGAGAGGAAGACGACUUAGCUAUGAAUGUGGGGUUGGGCGGUAAGAAUCUGAUCUUCAUUUUCCUUCUCCAAUGGCUCUGCAGAGGCCAACAUGCUGUAUUUGGAGUCCCCCGCCGGAGUCGGCUUCUCCUACUCUGCAGACGACUCGUACUACGGGAGAGUGGACGACAGGCUCACUGGUAGUGCUCCAUGAUUCUCUCCGCCUUCUUUCAAUGGAUUCUGAUUCUUCGCAAAUUCGGGUUGAUUAUCAUCAUCAUCAUCAUUAUCCGGGCUUUCCUUGUUUUCUGAUAAUGGCUGCUGCGUUUUCGACUUGAAGCCAGGGACAAUCUGGUUUUUCUCCGGCGAUGGUUCUCCAAGUUUCCACGAUACAAGGACAGGGAUCUCUUCAUCGCGGGAGAAAGCUACGCCGGCCACUACGUCCCGCAGCUCGCCCAGCUGAUGGUCCAGUUCAACAAGAGGAGGAACGUCUUCAACCUCAAGGGGAUCGCCGUAAGUCUAAGGUUUCAGUAGAAUCCUCCGAAAUUUAUCCCAACUCAGUCUUCCUCCUCUGAUUAUUUCCUCCUCUCUCUCUCUCUCUCUCUCUUUCUCGACGCCGCAGCUGGGAAACCCGGUCCUUGAGUUCGCCACGGACUUCAACUCGAGAGCGGAGUUCCUCUGGUCUCAUGGCCUCAUCUCGGACUCGACUUACAGGGUUUUCUCCUCCGCCUGCAACUACUCCCGCUACGUGAGCGAGUACUACCGGGGAUCUCUCUCCCCAGUCUGCUCCAGGGUGAUGACACAGGUGACGAGAGAGACCAGCCGGUUCGUCGACAAGUACGACGUCACCCUCGACGUCUGCAUCUCCUCCGUCCUCUCCCAGUCCAAGAUCCUCGCUCCUCAGGUGGGUUUCCUCUUUCUGGUUCCCUCCGCUCUAAUGGCGGCGACGCCGCCGCUCUAAUGGGUUCUCACUCUCGAGUUCUCUCCCGCUGCUUCCCCCGAACAGCAAGUGGCGGAGCGGAUCGACGUCUGCGUGGAGGACGAGACGGUGAACUACCUGAAUCGGAAGGACGUGCAGAGCGCCCUCCAUGCCCGCCUCGACGGAGUUAGCAGGUGGAGCGUUUGCAGCAGGUAAAGCGCGUCAUCUUUCUUCCUCCCACUCUCCCUCUGUAAUGAUCAUCCUACCCGCCAAGUAAUGCCCCUUCUGUGGCCGCAGUGUACUGGAGUACGACUUUCUCAAUUUGGAAAUACCCACCAUUAAUGUCGUCGGCUCGCUCGUCAGGGCAGGGAUCCCCGUGCUGGUCUACAGGUAUAAGAAGAUAGCUUUGAUUUCGUGGUGGUUUCUCCCUGGAUUUUCUUUUCUCAUUAUCUUCUUGCUCUUCCGCGGCAGUGGCGAUCAAGACUCGGUCAUCCCGUUGACCGGAAGCCGGACGCUGGUUCAGAGGCUGGCGGAGGAGCUGGGGAUGAAGACGACGGUGCCGUACAGAGUCUGGUUCGAAGGGAAGCAGGUCGGCGGAUGGACCCAAGUGUACGGGAACGCCCUCUCCUUCGCCACCAUCCGAGGAGCUUCCCACGAAGCCCCCUUCUCGCAGCCGGAGAGAUCGCUCGUACUCUUCCAGGCGUUUCUCCGGGGCAACCCCCUGCCGGAGACCUUUUGA